AGGAAGUAAUACAUGCGACAAAAUGGCUUCUGUAGCUGCGAAGUAAAGUAAAAAAAAAAGAAAGAAAAAGAAAGCCGUCUAAUUAAGAUUUGUCACUAUCCAUCAGAUAUUAGUGCUCAGCAUUGUUUCUGGUUUUGUGUGUGUAAUCAUGGCAAACACGCUGGAUUUCAGGACCCAUGUCGACCAGUCAUGCAGAUAUUCAGAAGAAUUUGUCAACAUUUACUACGACUGCAUGGACAAGAAAAGGAGAAACUUGACCCGACUCUACUUGGACAAGGCCACGUUGGUGUGGAACGGCAACGCAGUGUCGGGACAGGACGCUCUGGGCGAGUUUUUUGAGUCGCUGCCAUCCAGCGAGUUCCAAGUUCACACGCUGGAUUGUCAGCCAGUUCAUGAACAAGCAACUCAAGGCCAGACCACACUGCUCGUGGUGACUGGCGGUACGGUCAAGUUUGAAGGGAACAAACAGCGUUUCUUCAACCAGAACUUUCUUCUAACAGCUCAGGCUUCACCCAACAAUGACCAGCCUGUUUGGAAGAUCGCUAGUGACUGUUUCCGAUUUCAGGACUGGAACAGUUGAGGCUGUCCUCAUCUGUGCUUUAUGAACGAAUAGUCAACGGAUAUAAUCUUCAAAAUUAGCAAGCGCUCGGGUUAUUUCUAUGGUUUUGUAAUAAAAUAAAAAAUGUCAUACAACA